AUGAAUGAAGGAUCUUCUGCCAGCACUAGUAAGGUAUUGAAGAUCAUUCCAACCAAAUUUUAUGAUUUAAAAUAUGGCCAUAAGAUGAGUUCUGAGCUCGACAAGAUUACAACCAAACUGCAUGAUCUUGUCGAGGAGAAAAAUCUUUUGGGUUUGAUUGAUAAUGUUGGAAGGUCAAAUAUAACAAUCAAAAAAUUGGAAGAGACUUCACUGGUUGAUGUAUCUACAAUUGUAGGUAGGGAAGCAGAUAAGAAGGCAAUGCUGGGGAAGCUGCUGGGCACUGAAUCAUGUAGUCGAAACUUUGCUGUCGUGUCCAUAGUUGGUCUGGGUGGGAUUGGCAAAACCACUCUUGCUCAAGUUUUGUACAAUGAUCAGGAAGUGAAGGAUCACUUUGAACUCAAGUCAUGGGUUUGUGUUUCUGAUGAGUUCGAUGUAUUUACUAUUAGUAAAACCAUUUUUAAAGAUGUGGGUGGGGAUGACAAAAAGUUUGAAAAUCUUAAUCAACUUCAAGUGGCUCUUACUGAAAAACUUUCAAAAAAAAGGUUCUUAAUUGUUCUAGACGAUGUCUGGAACGAAGACUACAACAAGUGGGAACUCCUCCAACGCCCGUUUGUUGUAGGGGAACCUGGAAGUAAGAUUAUUGUCACAACCCGUAAUCGUACAGUUGCAUUGGUGAUGAAUUCUUCCCAAUCUUACCCUUUGGAGCUUAUGUCAAAUGAGGAAGCUCUGUCUUUGUUUGCCCAACAUGCGCUGGGUAAACAAAAUUUCGAUUCGCAUCCGACACUUAAGUUGUAUGGAGACGGUAUCAUGAAAAAAUGUGGUAGAUUACCGCUAGCGUUGAAAACACUCGGAAGGGUGUUGAGAACGAAAUCACGUGAUGAAGAAUGGGAGGAGUUGUUAACUAGUGAGAUAUGGAAUAUACCGAAUGAAGGUAAUAUUCUACCUGCCCUAAGACUUAGUUACUAUGAUCUCCCUCCGCAUUUGAAGCAAAUGUUUGCUUUUUGCUGUUUAUUCCCCAAGGAUUACAUGUUUGGCAAGGACGAACUUGUCCUCCUUUGGAUGGCAGAAGGGUUUUUGUACCAAUCAGAUGGCAGCAAGUCAAUGGAGAGUUUAGGUAGUAACUGUUUUGAAGAGCUAGUGUCGAGAUCCUUUUUUCAGCAUUCAACUAAUAAUAAAUCACAUUAUACAAUGCAUGAUCUCAUUAAUGACCUCGCAACAAGUGUUGCUGGAGAGUACUUUUUCUUGAUGGGAGAGAAGAAUUUCAUUAACUACAGAAAUGAAGUUUUGGAGCACUUUUCAUUUAUUCGUAAAAAAUAUGGAGUAUACAGCAAGUUCAAGGCACUAUACACAUCUAGGCGCUUGCGAACAUUCUUACCGGUGCCAGUAAAGAUAGAUAGAUGGAAGAGUUUCUAUUUAUCAAAUAAAGUCCUUACAGAACUACUUCCCCAACUACAGUUUUUAAGGGUGCUAAGCCUAGCUAAUUAUGGAAUCACAGUGGUACCAAAGUCUAUUGGUGGUCUCAAACAUUUGCGUUACCUCAAUUUUUCUGAUACUGACAUCACAUGUUUACCUAAACAAGUUGGUGACCUGUACAAUCUACAGAGCAUGUUGCUUUAUGGGUGUAAAGAGUUAUCUACUUUACCGGACAGUCUCAUAAAGCUAAUAAACCUGCGGUACCUCAACCUUUCUAAAAGUGGAAUCAAAUAUUUACCGGAACAUGUCGGUAACUUGAACAAUCUACAGAGCUUAUUGCUUUCUGGUUGUCACUGGUUAUCAGGCUUGCCAGACAGUCUCAUAAAGCUGGUAAACCUGCGACACCUUGAGAUCACAGAUACUCCAAGGUUGAAAAAUAUGCCCAUGGGGAUUGGUGGAUUGACUGGUCUACAAACUCUAUCUAAAGUUAUUAUUGGAGAUGCUAAUGGGUUCAAAAUAUCCCAUCUUAAGGAACUACAACAUCUUCAAGGACGACUUAGCAUUGAAAGGCUGCAUAAAGUGACAAAUUCAACAGAUGCAAAGGAAGCCAACUUACAGCAAAAGAGGGGUCUUCGAGAUUUGGAGAUGGGCUGGAGUGAUGGCUUUGAUGAUUCUUGGAACGAGUUGAUUGAUUCUGAAGUGCUUGAAGGACUAAGGCCUUUUGAGAUGUUGACCAACAUCAAGAUAUCGAAUUACAUGGGAAGAAAAUUUCCUAGCUGGCUUGAGGAUCCCAUAUAUGAUUGUUUAACCCAAAUUACAUUAAGUGGUUGUGGAAAUUGUACAUGCUUACCAACACUUGGACAUCUACCGUCACUUCAGAAGCUGUUUGUUGAAAACAUGAAUGGUUUGAAAAGGGUGGGUUCAGAGUUACUUGGAACUGCAAACGGUAAUGCAUUUCCAUCGCUUCAAGUUUUGAAAUUUAAGUAUCUGGAGAGUUGGGAGGAAUGGUCAACUAUAAAUGGUGGUGGCAAAGAUGGAACUGCUGCAUCAUUUCCUUGUCUUAGUGAGAUUUCUAUCAUAAAGUGUCUGAAACUUGAUGUAUUGACAAUUGAGCCAAUACAUUCACUUCGAGUUCUAUAUGUAGAUGGAUGUUCAGCAGUGGCAUUAAGAAGCAUGAUUGGUGUGUGUUCAACAAUUACUAGAUUGACAUUGAGGGAAGUUAAUGGAAUUACUACUCAGUUAGACAGAAAAGUGCUAGAGCAUCUCAGGGCACUUGAAUAUCUAAGCAUUGUAAGGUGUGAUGAACUCACAUACUUGUGGGAAUUAGAAGCUGCAUGCCGAAUUCUUGUGAAUUUGCAGGAGUUAAAAGUUGAGGAGUGCAAGAACCUGGUAAGACUAGGAGAGAAAAAGGAGGAUUUGGUGAUUCGCAUGAAAUCUCUUAGAAGUGUGACACUUAAAUUUGCGAGAUUGGAGAGUUACCAUUGUGGUUCAAAUAGUAUUGAAAAUUUGGAGAUUAGGCACUGUGAUUCAUUAACAUCAUUGACCUUCCCAGCAGUGGAUGAUCAUGACAUACCAUCUACUUUUAAGAGUCUUGAAAUAGGGUAUUGUAAGAAUGUUGAGAUGAAUUGGCUCCUCAGCAACUUCUCGUCAUCACUUACAUCUCUUCGCUUAGAUAGAGUUCCAAGUUUGAGGUUGUUACCGGAAGGAUGCUUACUUCAUCUCACAGAAUUGAGAAUUUGGGGAUGUGAUUACAUAGAGUCCAUUCCAGAGAGAGGUUAUGGUUUUCUACCCCAUCUUUGCUUGAGAUAUCUUUCGAUCCUUGAUUGUAAGAAUAUGAAGUCAAUUCCACAUGAGCAAUUGCAAAGUCUCACAUGUUUGGAAGAGAUGUGGAUAAAGGAUUGUCCAAGCAUUGACAAGUGCUUUCCUUGUGGUUUGUGGCCUCCUAAUUUAAGGGUGUUAGAAAUAGGAGGAUUAAAGAAGCCGAUGUCAGAGUGGGGGAUGCAGAAUUUCCCAUGCUCACUUGCAAAACUAUGGUUGUAUGGUGAAAAUUCAGGAGUGGUUUCGUUUGCAAAUAGCAGCAGCAAUAUAACAAGGUCGUUGUCUUCGUCAUCAUCAUCAGUGUUAUCACUUCCAUCUUCUCUAAGUCAUCUAUUCAUGAGAAGUUUUAAGGAAUUGGAAACAGUUUCAAAAGGAAUGCAACACCUCACCUCCCUUAAAUGUCUUGUUAUUAGAGAUUGCCGGAAGCUAAGAGAUUUGCCAGAGACGCUAAUCCCUUCACUUUCAAGUUUGAGGGUGAUUAAUCCUUCCAGGGAACUGAUAAAAAAGUGUAGUGAUGGAAGAAGAAUAAGAAGAAAAGGAAAGUAUUGGCCCAUCAUCUCCCAAAUCACAAACCUUGAAAUCCGAGAUGACGAAUGGUAGGUGGUUGUU